AAAGGAGAAUCGAAUUGAUUUUUGCAGAUUAUUUUAUCAACAACAAUGGUGGUCGGUGCUCACGUGCUGGCGGAGCUGCUGUUAGUUUUGCUGUGUGUUUCGCGGCGGAGCGAUGCAAUAUGGUUGAAUUUGCCGGCGACUGGAACCAAAUGCAUCUCCGAGGAAAUCCACAACAACGUCGUCGUUUUGGCAGACUACGUCGUCAUUUCCGACGAUCAUCAAGCCCACUCCACCUCCCCCAUUACCACCAAGGUGACGUCGCCGUACGGAAAUACGCUGUAUCACAAGGAAAAUGUAACACAUGGUCAAAUUGCAUUUACAACUAACGAGGGCGGAAGCUAUCGUGCUUGUUUCACAGCCGAUGGAUAUCAAUCGGGAGGCGGUGGUGGUUUAAGUAUUAACGUGGAGUGGAAAACGGGUAUUGCAGCAAGAGAUUGGGAUUCCGUUGCAAGAAAAGAGAAAAUUGAGGGUGUUGAGCUUGAGCUGAGAAAACUCGAAGGUGCAGUUGAGGCCAUUCAUGAAAAUCUUUUGUAUCUGAGGAGCAGAGAAGCGGAGAUGAGAACUUUGAGCGAAGUAACAAAUACUCGGGUUGCUUCGUACAGCAUUAUGUCGUUGAGUGUCUGCAUUUUGGUUUCGGUAGCCCAGAUAUUGCAUUUAAAGAGAUAUUUCCAAAAGAAAAAGCUGAUUUAGAUAGGAAAAAAAAAUAGAUUAUCGACAUCUGUUUAAUCUAGUUUCUCUCGUUUUCAUUAUUUUAGAAGAAAAUUCUUUGAUACAAAGUAAUAGCCAUUUUUUUCUUUAUUGUUCGAGAUGCGAAUUGUGUAGUCUUGUUUCUUUGAAUUACUACGUGUGUCGUAAAUUAUUCAUGGUUGAUAAAC